AGUUCAGAUAUAUAAAAAUUAUAAUGGUUCCAAGCUUUUGCGAACCAUUUUAAGUACCUGGAAAAUCUCCAAAUUCCCCCACCCUACAAAGGCCAAAGGGUACUGAGUCGGUUUGGUGAGGGAAAUUGUCGAGAAGCUGACCUGGGUUCUUCUGUUCUGCUCAAAAUCCCCGAUUGUUUUUAUUAUAAUGGAGUAUCUUUGUGGGGAUCUCUUCCAUUUCUAUAGAAUUUCCAGGUUCUAGACUUAUUUUAUCUUUUACAGUUCAUUCCUCGUCAUCGGUACGCGUUUCCCUUUUCCUUUCCGUGUUGAUUUCUCUCUUCUUCUUCCUUCCCCUUCUUUUGUGGGGUUUCUUAGCUUGCUGUCUCAAUCAGAUCUGCCCUUGACUUCUCGCGACACACCGCGAGACAUUCUGGUCUGUAGUUCCCAUUUUUCUAAUCUUUGUCCUCUGCUUGUUUCCUCUCAAAAUUCCCCACAAACCCCGUUAAACAAAUUUCCUGUGUAGUUGAGGAAUCUGAACUUGAACUCACUUGGGUAUUACGACUUGAGCGAAUUUGGGUCUGUUGUAUUCUAGUGGGAGCGUCGAUUUGGAUCAAAAUCUUGGGUCCGAAGAGCCGAGGGGAGGAGUUUCUUGUGGUGUCUGUGAUCAAUGGCUUCCAGAGAAGGGAGGCGUCAUAAUCAUCAUCAUCAUCAUCACAAUCUGGUGCCUCUUGCUGCUUUGAUCAGUAAAGAGGUGAGGAGUGAGAGGUUGGAGAAACCCACUAUAAGAUAUGGGAAUGCAGCGCAGUCUAAAAAGGGAGAAGAUUAUUUUCUCAUGAAAACUGAUUGUCAGCGAGUUCCUGGGAACCCUUCAUCCACUUUCUCUGUAUUCGCUAUAUUUGAUGGACACAAUGGAAAUGCUGCAGCAAUUUUCACGAGGGAACAUUUGUUGAGCCAUGUCUUGAGCGCGAUUCCCCGUGGUCUCGGGCAGGAGGAGUGGCUUCAAGCGCUGCCACGAGCGUUGGUUGCUGGAUUUGUGAAGACAGACAAGGAGUUCCAGAGCAGAGGCGAAACUUCUGGAACUACAGCUACGUUUGUAAUCAUCGAUAGAUGGACAGUGACAGUAGCGUCGGUUGGAGAUUCCCGAUGCAUUUUAGAUACUCAGGGUGGUGCUGUAUCUGCUUUGACGGUUGAUCAUAGACUUGAAGAGAAUGUUGAGGAGAGGGAACGUGUAACUGCAAGUGGUGGGGAAAUCGGAAGAUUGAGCAUUGUCGGUGGCGCUGAGAUUGGCCCCCUCCGUUGUUGGCCCGGAGGCUUAUGCCUUUCUCGGUCUAUUGGAGACAUGGAUGUGGGGGAGUUUAUAGUUCCAAUUCCAUUUGUGAAACAAGUGAAGUUAUCGAAUGCUGGUGGGAGGCUUAUAAUUGCUUCCGAUGGCAUCUGGGAUGCGCUAUCAUCAGAUAUGGCUGCAAAGUCUUGCCGUGGACUGCCUGCAGAGCUUGCUGCUAGGCAAGUUGUGAAGGAAGCUUUAAGAACAAGAGGCUUGAAGGAUGAUACGACCUGCAUAGUAGUUGACAUAAUUCCUCCUGAUAAUUCAGCACAGUCUUCUCCUCCUCCAAAGAAACAAAGCGUACUGAAAUCGCUAUUAUUCAGAAAAAAGUCCCACAGUUCUAAUAAGCUAUCAAAGAGGCUAUCAGCUAUCGGUCUCGUGGAAGAAUUAUUCGAAGACGGGUCCGCCAUGCUGGCUGAAAGGCUUGGAACUGUGGAAUUGAGUGGAUCUGGACAUGGCACACCCAGUCUAUUUACUUGUGCUGUAUGUCAAGUAGAUCUUGCUCCCAGUGAGGGCAUCUCUGUUCAUGCUGGUUCCAUCUUCUCCACCAGCUCAAAGCCAUGGCAAGGCCCUUUCCUCUGCGCCGAUUGUCGAAACAAGAAGGACGCCAUGGAGGGAAAACGUCCCAGCGGAGUGAGAGUGGCAUAGAUUACUUCAUUUUUAUCAACUCCUAGAUUCUUUCUCUUCUUUCGAUCCACUUUCGAUGGGGCGCGUUACGACUAUAAUGUUAUGCAAAGUGCUGUAAGAUGAAAGUUAAGGAGUAGCCAUAAUAAGGUAAGGAGAGAUGAAGUUGGUAGGAGCCAUAAAGUAAAUAGCUAAUUAAUGAAGCUAAGCUAAAGCUAAUGUUGAAAAUGAGACUUCACUAAUCCAGAAAUUGAAAUUUGUCUGUAUAUUAGAAAGCUCAUUUUUUUUUUUUUUUGUUUACUUGUUUCUUCUGAAUCAAAGUUCAUCAUCUGCCAUCUGCCUAUAAUAUAAUAGGGUGAGACACUUUUUUUUCUUAUGAUAUUCAAUGAUAUAAUUUAUUUAUUUAAUGCAACAA